GACUCUCCCCUGCGAAGGCUGGCCCGGACAAGUGUCUGCAUAGUUUCGGAAUCCUGGGUCUUCGGAUAGCGUCGAAAGUGAUUUCAAAUUCGUACGAACCGCCGGUCACAAGCUCGUGAUGGCUGCAUAUCACGCUGCUUCGGCCAGAAGGUCUGAAGGAGACGAUCUCGCUUUCUUGAUGGAGGCAAGACACACUGACGUGGAGUUCCUGGUUGACAAUGACUCCGACCCGCCCCAGAUCUUCAGGGCUCACAAGGUACUUCUACACCCGUGCCCCCAGUUUAAUCAACACUCCGCAAGCGCUGCACACACGAACGGCUGCUGAAGCGUUCCGGGUGGCGAGGCUCGUGGAAGCUUGCGACGCGUUCUUCGAAACGUCACUGCAGCCAGCCGACGUCUGCUACGUCUUGGAUUACACGAAAGCAAAGGGAAGCACCACUACCUUGAACAACCUCAUCGACAAGCACCUGAAAGAGAACGCUGAACAGGUAAUAAAGUGCAAGGAGUUCACCACCGCAUCGGAGGAAACCGUCCUGAGAAUAUUGAAGAACCCCUCAUUGAGGAUAAGAGAAUACGACAUCAUCGAGGCUGUUUACUCCUGGGCGAUGGUGCACCUCGCACAAGCGAGCGGCGAGACUCCGGUCACCGCACUGCAAAGGACCAUGAGACCGUUCCUGCCGGAGCUUCGGUUGCUAUCAUUGACUCCUCUGGAAUUCGUAGAGGGCCCGUUUUGCUGGCAGAUUUCGGAAAAGUGUGACACCCUGUGUGUUCUUAGCAACAUCAUUAAACCCGGAUCAGGGAGGUUGCCCAAAGGCAUUUGCACGAACAGGGAACAGCGAACUAACUCUUACGGCUACUCUGCACGGCCGGCCCUAGAAGCGCAGCGGGGCAUCUCUUUCAGCUGCCCUCGGUGUGGUAAAUGACAGCUUUAGAGGCGCACGG